CCAUCGUACACGAUUCCAAAUUCCAGAAAGAACUUGUAUCACAGGUUCUUCUGAACAUUAAGCUUUUGUGCGUCAACAUAGAGUCUCAGUUUGAAGAAGAAUUGUUUGAAAAAUUUGCUCCGAUUGUCAAGUCAACAAUAUCCUCGAUGAUAUCCAAGCUUUCGUUGAUCAUGAGUCAAAACGAGAGAAACGAAGUCAAUAUUUCUAUAAUAAAAAAUGGCAUGAUGGCUACAGUAUUAUUGUUCACAUCUUGCCCAAAAUCAUGUGUUCAAAUGCACACAUCACAAAAAGAUUUUACCGAGAUAUUAAAUAAAGGAUUCUAUUCCGAGAAUGCUGCGAUUUCUAUAACAUCUCUUCAAUGUACUCGGACUUUAAUCUUACUUUCGUCCAAACCAACAAACAUGACUCUAACAAACAAUGAUAUUUCAGAAUCGGUGAAAAUUAGUCAAAAUUUCACUAAAGCCCUUAUGCCUCAAGUGAUUUUGUUUAUAAAAAGUUUAAAUGAGAAAUACAAGAAUCACGUUUUCUCUCAAGAUGAAGCCAGCAUGCUAAAUGUUGUUGAAGAAUCAGUAAAGACCUUACUGACGAUAAAUGCUGUGGCACAGGAUUCACAAA